AUGUCGUUAAAUAUUCAAGAGCAACAAAAAAACAGCGCGAUUAGUAUGUUAAAUUUAAAUGAUUAUAAUGAAAAUUUAAGUAAUAAUGGGAAUAUAUUAUAUUAUUCGCAUGAUAAAAUAUGGAAAAUAUUAAUUUAUGAUUAUGAAGGACAAAAUAUUCUAGCUCCACUUUUAAAAGUAGGAAAUUUAAGACAUCAUGGUGUAACAUUAAAUUUAAAUAUACAUAAGGAAAGAAAUACCAUCCCUGAAGUUAAUGCUGUAUAUUUAAUAGAUAAUAAUAAGGAAAACAUAGAUAAAAUAAUUAAAGAUAUGAUAAAUAAUAUGUAUGGUAGUUAUUAUAUUAACUUUCUUUCAUAUGUUAGUGAUGAAAAUUUAGAAUAUUUUGCUAGUGAAUGUGUUAAAAAUAAUAUAGUGUCUUAUGUUUCAAGAAUAACAGACAGAUAUUUAAAAUUUAUUAGUUUGUCAAGUACAACUUUUUCUUUAAAUAUACCAUUUUGUUUCAAAAUUUUGCAUGAAUCAAAUGAUGAAUUAAUACAGAAUAUCAUGGAUAAAAUAACAGAAGGACUCAUUUCUUUUUUAGUAACAUUAGGUGUAGUUCCAAUUAUAAGAGUUUCUUCAAAUUCGUCAUAUCCUUCAAAAACUAUAGCUCAAAAAUUGCAUAAAAAAAUUUAUGAAUUGCUUAAUUUAAGAUCCUCAAAUAAUUAUGUUUUCAACUCAAAAACUAUUCAAAGGCCCUUACUAAUUUUAGCUGAUAGAGAUGUUGAUCUAAGUAUAAUGAUACAACAUUCUUGGACAUAUCAAGCUUUAAUCCAUGAUGUAUUUGAUAUAAAGCUAAAUAAAAUUAAUAUACAUCAAAAUAAUGCAAAUGAUAAAAAUAAAAUAGUAAAAAGUUAUGAUAUUGAUAGUAAUGAUACGUUUUUUUUAAAUAAUUGUAAUAAACCUUUUCCAGAAGUUGCUAAUAAUAUUAGUGAAUGUUUAAAUAAUUAUAACGAGAAAAUGAAAAAUUUAAAUAAAAAUGAUAAAACAAAUAAUGAUAACUUAACAGGAGGACUAAUGUCUGCCAUGAAUAUAUUACCUGAAAUGACUGAACAUAAAAGAUUAUUGGAUAUGCACACAAAUAUAUUGACUGAGUUAAUAAAAGAAAUUAAAGAACGAGAAUUAGAUAAAUAUUAUGAAAAUGAAUUUGAUUUUGAAUGUUCAAAUGAUAAAUUAUGCAUACAAUAUAUGAAUAAUAUAUUAAAUUCAUCAAAAGGAAAUAAUUAUGACAAAUACAGAGCUUUUUUAUGCCUAUAUUUAGCUAAAAGAAAUUUAAAUACACAAACAGUUGAUGCUUUUAUUCAACAAUUAAAAAAUUUAGAUGUAGAUACUUCUUCAAUCAAUUUUAUUAAACAGUUAGAAAAGUAUAAAUCUAUGAGUAUAAAUAUAAAUAUUAAUUCCCAAUUAAAUCAAACAAAUAGCACUACCUUUAAACAACAUUUAAAUACCUACAGCAAUAUAUUUAUUGACAAAGGUUUUAAUAUAUUACAAGGAGCAAAAAAUUUAUUACCUAAAAGAAGAGAUAUAAAAAUAACAAAAUUAGUAGAAACAUUAUUAGAAAACAAACCUUCAUCAUUAAAUGAUCAGUUUAUUUACAUUGAUCCAAAAACUCCACCAAGUAAUAAUAUGGAUAAAUUAUAUAUCAAACAAGAAAAUAUAAAGGAUUGCAUUAUCUUUAUGAUUGGUGGAGGAAACUAUAUAGAAGUUUCAGCUUUAAAAGAUUUAGAAGAAAAAUUAAAUAAAAAAAUUAUUUAUGGUACAACUGAUUUUAUAAGACCAGUUAAUUUUGUUGAAGAAUUAAAUGAAAUAGGAAAAACAUAUGCAACAUAA